UUGUAGCAAUUUGAAGUUUAAGUGGAAGUAAACUUACAGUCUCCCAUAAGUUUACUAAAAAUAAUUUACAUACAAAAUGUCAUCAGAACCAAGUUGUAGUAAGAAUAUUGACGAAGAGAACACAUUUAAAAUUUUAAUUGCAACUGAUAUUCAUCUUGGUUAUGAUCAUAAUAAAAAGAGGGGAAAAGAACCAGAAGAUAGUUUUGUAACUUUUGAAGAAAUUCUUCAACAUGGCAAAGAACAAGAAGUAGAUUUUAUACUUCUUGGGGGUGAUUUAUUUCAUGAUACCAAGCCAUCACAAACUGCACUAAUAAAAUGCAUGGAACUAUUAAGAAAAUAUUGUUUAGGCUCUAGGGAAAUUAAAGUACAGUUCUUAAGUGAUCCUGAUGUUAUAUUCAAACAUUGCACUUAUAAAACUGUAAAUUAUGAAGAUCCAAAUUUAAAUGUUAGUAUGCCAGUAUUUUCCAUCCAUGGUAAUCAUGAUGAUCCAAGUUUUGGGGCUGUUGGAUCUAUGGAUUUGUUGUCAGUAUCCGGUUUAGUAAAUUAUUUUGGAAAAUGUACAGACCUUACUAGAGUGACUAUUCCUCCUUUAAUAAUGAAAAAAGGAGAAUCUCAUCUUGCUCUUUAUGGUUUAAGCUAUAUAAAUGAUGAGAGGCUGUCUAGAUUAGUGAGAGAUUAUAAGGUGGAUAUGUUACGACCAACAGAAGUACCAGAAUGUUUUAAUAUACUUGUUCUACACCAAAAUCGAGUACAGCACAAAGCAUAUGGAUACAUUCCACAACACACACUUCCAAAUUUUCUUAAUCUUAUUAUAUGGGGACAUGAACAUGAAUGUCGUAUCACACCAGAAUUUGUUCCAGAGACUGAGUUUUUUGUUUCCCAACCAGGGAGUUCUGUAGCAACCUCUCUUUGUGAAGGAGAAUCAAAGCCAAAAUAUAUUGGUAUCUUGAGCAUAAAUGGACUGAAAUUUAAAAUGAAGAAACUGAAGCUAAAGACAGUCAGACCAUUUGUAUUUGAUAAUUUGAUUCUCAGUGACCAGAAUAUAUCCAAUGAUUAUACAGAAUCACUAUCACAGUCUGUGUAUAAUUUUGUUGAUAACUAUGUAGAGAAUGUGCUUAUGCCUCAAGCUGCUGGACAACUAACAGGUCACCCAAAACAACCUCUUCAACCCCUGAUUCGUUUAAGAAUAUUUUAUAGCAACACUGAUGAACUAUUUGAUGAGGCUAAAUUGGCACAGAAAUAUUGUGAUGAAGUUGCUAAUCCCAUGGAUAUGGUUCUGUUUCGUAAAGAAUUGAAAGGUGGUAAAAAGUUAAAAUUGAAUUUAGAAGAUUACAAUGAUGAGAUUGAUGAUAUGGAGCAAGCUCUCUGCUUUAAUGACGAGGAUACGGAUUGGAACAAAACUGUGCAAGGAGGAAUAAUGAAGCACUUUAAUUCAGAAGCAAAUAGAGAUAAGUUGACAGUACUAACAGUUAAUGGCUUAAAUGAAGCAUUAAAUCGGUUUGUUAGUGGAAACGACACAGACGCUUUUAAAGAUAUAGUAAGUCAUCAAAUGAAGAAAACCAUUUCACAUUUGGAAGCUUCCGAAGUUGAUAACACUGAAAGCAUUCUUGAUGAAAUUAAAAGUUUUCGAGACAAAAGAAUGGCACAAAAACAAGAAGAAAAAACAGAGAUACAAACAGUAUUCAGUGAUAAAACAAGGUUUGGUAAAAAAUAUGUGGACCCUGAAAUCGACAAGAUCAGUAGUGAUGAAGAAGUUCAUAUAGAUAAAGUGUACGCAGCUAAAAGAAAACAAGGUAGAGCACCGACAACUAGAGGUAGAGGAUCACGAGGAGGUGGUCGAGGUAGAGCCAAAUUAAUGGACAAAACUUCUCUCGAUGUAACAACAGCAAAAAAAACAACUAAACAAACCAAACAUCAGACUCAACUCACAUUACAAAGCACGGGAUCAAUGAUGAAUCGAACUAACUCAUCCAAAGCAAGUUUCCUACUUGAAUCAGAUUCUGAAUAAAACAAAUAAAUAAAUAAAAAAUAUUCGUGAAACAUUGUAACAUUCCUACUGAAAUAAAUUUAUUUUUCGUACUUUUUAA